CUUUCUCUCUUUUCUCCUUCAUCUUUCAUUCUCUCACGACCAAGGCAGCGUCCUUGACCCAGCGGUGACUCCGACAGAAGGCCUUCGGCGAGAAAAGGAACGAAAGCAGCCCCCCACCGACCUCGCAGCAGCGUCGCUAGAGCAGCAUCUUUCGCCGAGCCUGAGCCGUUCGGCCGGAAGAUCGACGACGUCUUCUUUCUCUUCUGCAUCUCUUCCUGCCUCGCCACCCAGUGCUUAGCCAGUGCAUAGACGACGGAGAACGUUGAUCGUACCCUCCCAUCAAACGUGUACUGUGCGCGCGUUUUCUAUUGUGCGUGAAACACAUCCAGCCUAUAUCAUCCAUCAUGCGUAUAUCAUCCAUCGUCCCCUUCAUCGCUGCCCUCCUCACCUUCGCCCCCCUCCGAGCCCUCGCGGCCGACACCCUCUACACCGACGCGGUCACAUAUUGCGCCGAGGCCAAGGCCGUCAUCGUCGACGAGUUUGGAAUCACCUACCACCGCAGUAACGAAUCUGUCACCUUCAGCUUUUCCCUCGCAUCGGUAGAGUCGAACCUGAAUGUGUCGGCGAAUUUGUAUGUGAAUGCGUUUGGGAUCGAGGUGGUAAACCAGACGCUGGAGAUCUGUGAUUUGUUAUCGGGUGUCGCUUGUCCUCUGCCCCAGGUCAAUUUCUCUGGUAGGUCUUUCUCCUUCUUGGGACCUCUGCACUGCUCUGGGUGUAUUCCUCGAUCCUUCCUUCUCCUUGUCGCUCUGGCCAGUGAUGGAAUAUAGCGACCCACCGGGUCCGAUAUUGACCCGGCUCAGAGUCCAAUGGGAGUCAGAGCUGACCGUCCCGUAGGUUACGGCACAUACCCUAUCCCAUCCAAGUACACCAAGGACAUCCCCUCCAUCGGUUUCUCCGUCCCCAAUCUCGAAGCCUAUGCCCGCGUCGAGCUUCUCCGAGUUGAAGAUGGUGAAGUCGCCGCUUGCCUCCAGGCUACCCUCGCCAACGGCAAGACUACCAAACAGCGCGCUGUCGUGUGGGCCACCGCCAUCUUCACCCUCGUUGCCUUCCUCGUGGCAAUAGCGCAUACCGCUUCUGCAACCAGCCCGUCACCGAUACAGUACCGCUGGUUCGACAUUCUAUUCAUAUUCCAAACCGCCGCUGCGACAGGUCUGCUACACCUGAAUUACUCGCUAUCCUACUCGGCGUUUGUGCAAAACUUUUCCUGGGCGCUGGGGCUGUUCUACUCGAGCAAUAUGCAGAGCAGCAUCAACAAGAUGCGCGCCAAGACGGGUGGUACGAUGGACUCGGAAGCGUACUCGGACGUGCAGUAUAUCAACCGCAAGUUUUCGCCAUACAAUGUGUAUGCCAGCGUCAACGACAUUGGGUCGUCGACUGAGUCUUUCAACGCUUUUGUGGCUGCCAACUCAAUCUCGAAACGGGAUUUGGAGGCGCACCACUUGUCAAAGCGUGUCCAGAUCGCUUCGGCCCUUGCGCAGAAUGCCACUACAGACCUCAACACUGGUCUUCCCGUCUACACCAACACUAUCAACAUUCCCGAAGCCAACGCCUACAGCACGGUAUGGUUUGCCUUUUUGGCGUUGAUUGCUAUUUUCAUCGCGUUCCAUGCGGUCCUCUUUGGCUUUGUGAUACUGUUUGAAAAGAUGGGCCAUGGGCGAAAGGGCAUGUACUGGGCGCCGAGGCUGAGAAAGAUGUGGUGGCCAUUCUGUAUCGGAAACGCUCUCCGACUCUGCAUGAUCGCCUUCUUCCCCAUCUUCAUCUUUGCUUUCUGGCAAUUCCACAUCGGCGACUCUGGUCUCGCCAUCUUCUUUGCCGUAUUCGGCAUCCUCCUCUGCUUCCUCCCCCUCCUCGCCGCCUUCCUCCUCACCCUCCGCCGAUCUCGCACCACCUCCCAGCUCAACCCCCAAGUCAACCCGAUAUACGUCUCGUACCGAUACUUCCACUCUUUGGGCGUGCUUUACAGGCAGUACAGGGCCAAGUAUAAUUGGUUCUGGUUUGCGCCGUUCGUGCUUGCCAUGAUUGCCCGAGCGGGGUUCAUCUCUUUUGGGCCCGUGAACGCUUGGGCGCAGGUCAUUGGCAAUAUCGUGGUGGAGGCUAUCGUCUUUGUGGCCAUGAUGAUUACGCGACCGCACAAGGACAAGAAGGGCGAUUGGCUCGGCGGUUUCUUGAGUAUCUGUAGGAUGAUCUCCUUUGGGCUGUUGGUGGCCUUCAUCCCGAGUGUGGGGGUGAAGCCGAUCCCGAGGGCGGUCAUUGGGUUUGUGAUCAUCGUGUUUACUGGUAUCCCCGUCGUCAUCCUCUUCUGUGGGUUCCUCUGGAACAUCGGCUACGGGUACCUCUGGCGCAAGCACACUACCCGGAUCGAAGACGGCCUCGAAGUCGAGCGCUUCUCCCCCACCUCCUCAAACUCGUCCGUCCCGGCUCCCAUCAUGAAAGAGAUGGACGCCCAUGACUUUGUGUCGUCCGAUGCGGCCGCGAGGAGUCGAGCGUCUCUGAAUGGUUAUGGCGCUGGGGCUGGAGCUGGGGCUGGGUUGGCAGGUGCAGGCCGACGGGCGACGGACCAUUCUGGUAGCGGCUCGGGAAGCUCUGGCAGCGAGCUCCACACACCCAUCGACCCGUCUUACCCUGGUAACAACUACCGCCCAUCCUCCUACCCUUCCAAAAACCAAUACACCUCCGACCCGUACUCCCCCACAUCGCCGGUGUCGCAAUACCACUCCCCCACAUCCCCCACUUCCGCCUCAGCAGCAGACGCUUACGCUCAAGCUGCGAAUGGUGGUCAUCCGAGAUCAUCGGGCGGGUAUGGGCAGGUGGAUACGGAGAGUCCUUCGUAUAGGUACUCGAGGGAUGCGGAGGGGUAUGAUGAUGAGGAGAGGGCGUGGGCAGAGGCGAGACGGUAUCAGUAAAGAGCUGGGCUCUGGGUGUGGUAGUCUUCUUUUGGGAUUCUUUCUGUAGCCGGUGCUUUGCUUGCCCUUGAUUUGAUUUGACAUAGACAUAACAUAGACUCUCUCUUUUUCUCUCUUUUCUCACCAGAGUACAUUCAUUUGACGGCGUCAAAUCCGUCAUCCAACAAAUCGUAUAUACACGGAAAUAUCUUUCCAUUCCAUCAUCUUUGCCACACCUCCGUUGUAUAUAGAUAUUACCCAACGUUUCCCAUUUCUUUUCCUCUAUAUCCUUUGACAUGUGCUAGUGUAACGAAUAUUAUAUUGAAAUUUGAUACCACGAAAUGAAAGAAGCCAGUAUCUUAUGACGACCUUCUUGGUAAAAGUAUAUAUAGAUGGUGUGCUAUGAUAUGAAUGAUGUAUUGUCUUUCCCA